UAAAGACAUUGGAAUUAAAUGGAAGGGAUAUAAUGGCGAUUUGGCAAGGAGAGUUUCAAAAGCACUUUUGCGAAAUAGAAACUCUUGAAUUGAUUAUGGAUGAAUAUACAUAUAUUCCGAUUCAAAUCCUUCAGAAAUUUGUCAGUCUUGAAAACCUUAUAUUGAAAGUGAGUUCAUACGAAGAACUAUUCUCGUUUGGAGAAGGUGAAGAGGACAUUGGAGUAAUCACAAACUUAAAACAAUUAGAAUUGUGGGGGCUUUUUAAUUUAAAGUACAUUUCAAAGCAAGACUCCCAACUAAAUUCAGUUCUUCAAAAUCUUCAUUCUUUGGAUGUCAACUAUUGUCACAAUUUGACUACUUUGUUGUUGCCUUCACAAUCUUUUGAAAAUCUAAGGACUUUGACAGUAUAUCAUUGUAAUAAAAUGCAAAACUUAAUGACAUCCUCAACAGCCAAAAGUCUAGUGUGUCUUGAAAGUUUGUCAAUACACGAAUGUAAAAUGAUGGUAGAAGUAGUAGCAAAUGAGGGAGAUAUAGAGAAUGGUGAAAUUGUUUUUAAGAAAUUGGAGGACUUGUCCUUGGAUGGUAUGGAAAGUCUCACACACUUCUACUAUGGGAAUUACACCUUAAAAUUCCCAUUCUUGGAAACAUUAUUUGUGGAUAGAUGCUCCAAGAUGAAAACUUUCUCUAGAGAAGGCUUAAGCAUGCCAAGGUUACUAAGCGUGAACUAUGAUGACUGUUCAAGUGACCCAAAUUCAGUUACACAACAAUUACAAAAUGAUUGUGCAAGGUUAUGGGAAAGAGUCCCAUGGUAGCAAACUGCAAAGUCACAUGGUUGCUGUCAAGAAGCAAACACCGAAAUGUAUUGCAGAUUACAUUGUUAAUUUAACUUUGUGAACGAGCUGGACUCAGUCACAACUAUGGAGCCAUUUUUAUCGUGUAAAUUGUCUUGCUAAUUCUCAAGUAUAUUCACUUCCAUAUUUGAUUCUGAAGUUUCUAGCCUCAAAUCCAUGUUUCCUGCCUGUUUCCAUCUUCUGGUGUGUUUUCAGCCUUUUCCUCUAUAAUUCCCUGGAGGUCUCUGGCUCUCUGUGGUUCUCCUCUGCAUCGGUCUAGCUUCUUCCCGUGAGUUCUUGGGUUCUGUGGAGGCGCCGUUCCGCUGCUAGUCUAUUUUGGCUUGGGUUGGCUCUCUGCAGCUGCUUUGGUGCAGAAAUCCUCUCCUGUUCUCUUUCCUUUCUCCUUCUGUGGAGUUGCUGAUUCCUGCAUCCCUCUCCCCUGUUGGUUCUCCCCUGCAUUGGGGUUCAUUGGGUUUGUUGGGCUUUUGCUGCCUUACUGCUGCCGAAUUUGAGUUCUUGGCUGCAGGUUCUGCUGGCAUCUUCCUACGUUUGAUGGUUGCUGCUUUCUUAAUCCUUUCUCUCCCAGCAUCUUUACUUGUCUCUCCUGGAGCCUUCCAACGGUGUUUUUGCGCGGGUGGCUCUUGGCUGUGGUUCCGGUAAGUUGCUUCUUAGUGAAAUGGUUGCACAUUGGUCCAUUUCUGUGUUUGCUCCUGGUUCCUGGGAUGCUGCAUGCUGUAUCAGGUGUGUGCCGGUUGACGCUUCAUACCAUUGGCUGGGUUCUUCUUGCUGUCUUUGGCGUCCUGCCACGGCUGGAUGUGCUGGGUUCAUGGUUAUUUUAAUUUCAGUUGGUCGUCUCAAGUACGCUCUCUGUUCUUAAGUAGUUUGUUGUUGGUUUGCAAUUUAGUGAGAGUUUUAGCCAUUGGGCUCGUGAUGUCUUGUACUUGGAGUGUUUUUUGGCAAUCUUGUGGGAUGAGCUUAGAUGUCUUUGUGCCCCCUUUCGGGUUUUUAAUGUAUAUAUUUACUUAUCAAAAAAUAUGUAUAUAUUUGAGUUGGAAGUGUUUCUGCGUAUUCUCA